UCUCAAGGCGGAACAUAAACACACAAAUUCGCAAGAAAAUCAACAAAUAGCUACAGGUUAGUGCUGCCGCCUAGCCUAGUGAUGAGAACCACCUUAACUACUAUAAACUAAAGAACCUUAACCCAGUUGGCGCACAUAACGAGAAAAUGUCCGAUUUACGUCUUUGAUACAACAAUAAGAACAUAAGAACAAUUAAAGUGAAACGCCAUAUCAACUUGGGCUUUAGAAAAGAUCUUUGUCUUCAGGAGGGAACAAUGAAAAAAGGGUUUUGAAAAAUUAAGGCCUCAAUUUUUAGCAUAUUGGUGCUUUUCACUCGAAGCUUCUGGUAAAGAUGGUGUUUUUCGGCAAUAAAGAGGAUCGAAGUUUCUUACUGCACUCAUUCGAGAAGUUUUCUACGAAGCCCGAUCUUAGUGAUGCGGCGUACGAGCACGUGGUGGCCAGGAUGGGGGAGCUGAACGGCACGGCGCACGCCCAGCACACUGACCUGCUCUUCCUCAAGGCUCUCAUGGACUCCCCCAUCAUGAAGUCCCUCGUCAAGGUACAAGACACAUUAGAAGACGGUGUGGGAGUAGUGGAACCUGUGUCCUCGGGCAACGGAAAGCUUGUUUCUCAGAUUCGGCUGCUGUGUGAAGGAUCAACGAGCGCUCCCUCACAAGAGCUUGCAGAUCUCCUUCAUCGGCCUCACCUGCUGGCACUUUUAGAAACCCAUGAUACUAUAGCUGAUCAUCGACAUACAGGAGACGCAAGUACAUCAAGAAACGGUUAUAACGGUGUAAACGGUUGCCACGAAAACGCCACAUUCAUGCCAGAGGAAAAUGGCUAUCCGGUGGAUGCCAUCAGGAUGGUGGGCCUUCGAAAAAGACCAGAUGAACCCCUUGGGCUAACAGUACGGGAAGAUGAAAAUGGCUACUUGGUCAUUGCAAGAAUAAUGGCAGGUGGUACCAUUGACAGACAAGGUCUCUUGCAUGUUGGUGAUGCUAUCUGUGAAGUCAAUGGAGUAAAGAUUAAAAAUUUACAGGGAUUGCACGAGGAAGUGGGAAAGUGUCGAGACUCGGUGACAUUGAAAGUGAUACCAGCCCUACGUGAUCCACCAUCCAGUAACCAGGUAACCAGCAGCCUCCACCCAGAUUCUACAAAAACUGUUUGUUAUAUGAGAGCACUCUACUCGUAUGAUCCCAGUGAAGACUCGCUCCUUCCAACCUGUCCAUCGCAGUCUCCACAAGACAUUGGCCUUAAAUUUGAAAAAGGAGAUAUAUUACAGAUAGUAGAUCAGUCUGACCCAAACUGGUGGCAAGCACAGGUUGUGGGAACAGUUAACAAGCGGACCGGCCUCAUUCCUUCCCAAGAAUUAGAAGAACGGCGAAAGGCUUUUGUCAGACAAGAAUACGAUUAUGUGCACAAAAUUGGCAUUUGUGGUACAAGGAUAUCAAAACGUAAAAAGAAACUUAUGUUUUCCAUAAAGAAAAGUACAGAUUAUGAUCAAGCGGAGCUGAUAAUGUAUGAAGAAGUGGCCCGGAUGCCACCAUUCAUGCGCAAGACUCUUGUGCUUAUUGGUUCUCAUGGCGUUGGCAGAAGAACUAUUAAAAACCAAAUAAUUGCUUCAGAUCCAUCAAAAUUUGGAACCAUAUUACCUCAUACUUCAAGACCAAUGAGAGAGUUGGAAGAAGAUGGGAAAGCAUACCAUUUCACUACCCGGGAAGCAAUGGAAGCAGAUAUCCGUCAUCAUCGCUAUUUAGAAUAUGGCGAGCUCAAUGGCAACCUUUAUGGCACCAAGCUGGAUUCUAUUCUUUCCAUAAUCAGAUCGGGAAAGAUGUGUGUACUGGAUUGUUCACCUGCUUCCUUGAAGUACCUGCGUAAUUCCAGUGAAAUGUUACCAUAUGUAAUAUUUCUGGCAGCCCCUGGUAUGGAUCAGAUCAAGAGUUUGUACAAUAUUGGUAGUUCUAUGGGUUCCUCGAAUCGUAACCUUACCUUUGAUCGCAGCAGCUCGAUGAGAUACAGUUCCCGACGUGCCAGGACAUUAGAGUCUUUGGCUUCCCUGUAUGAGGAAGAUGAUUUCAAGCGCACAAUGGAGGACAGUGCCAAACUACAGCGAGCUUAUGAUAAAUAUUUUGACUUAAUCAUUGUGAAUAAUGACCUUCAUGAGACUUACGGUGAAAUCAUGGAUGCCAUUGAUCGCCUUGCUACUGAGCCCCAGUGGGUGCCUGUCACAUGGGUUUAUUAACAGUUUGAACAGAUAUUUUACCAAAAGGAACUUAUGCUUUAGGUAUGUAUUUUUUCUGAAAUGUAAAUUUUUAAACAUUGACAACAAUGAAAGUAUAGAUACCUCUUUCAAUAAAUAAAUACAAAAUGUACCGAAGUAAGUUUCUCUGGAGUUGUAGUGUACAGUAUAUGAAAUGCGACAGUUGUUUGCAUGAAAAUGUUUUAUGAACAAUAUUUUAAAGUAUAAUUAUUUAAAGUUAUUGUUCAUUCAGUAAAGAAAUGAACAAAGUUCAUUACUGUAUGGAAGUUAAUACCUAUCAGGUUGAGAGAUUUCUCUUCUUCCAAUAGGUUGUCAUGUCUUCCAUGAUAAUCAAAGUUAUGAAAUACAAAUUACAUCUUUUAGGAACUAAUAGGUUCAUGUUGAACAGUCAGUUCUGAACAAAACCUGAUGUGGGUGACCGGAUAUAAUAUGCUCUUUCUCUCAUUACAGUACUGUAUUUGCAAAUAUCAAAUCACCUGCUGUAUUAUAAAAGCUUAUUUGAUCACUGACAUUAUGUCCAUCUUUAAAAUCAUUCUAGCACAUAGGACUCAUUUUUGAAAUGGUGAAAAGUUAGGCAUACAAGGUGUUAUACAAAAGUAAAAUUGCCAUCCAAUUCUGAGAAGUGAUGCUACUGAUUGACAUGUCAUUAUUAACGGAUCUUUUUACUAAUUGAUAAACAAAUAUUCUUCCCUGACUAUUAUAAGAAAUUAAAUUAUAUGCAGUAGUAGGUGUACAACAACUAUUUCUCUUGUUUAACUUAUCACUUGAAUUAAUUGUACAACUGCUAUAAUACAAUCUAGUGACGAAUCUGAGAUUAUCUUGAUACAAGGAUUUUAAUGGAUUAUAAAAUUAAAAUGGUAUGCAUCUACACAUUUCAGUGUAUGAGGAAUUGUGUGUUAAACUUGGAUUUGAAUAACCAAAUAAAUAAUAAGAAAGAAAUUAAGAGGGCUGGUGUUGCUGCCCACUAAGAUCAGUCUUAUUCCUUGUCCAAGGUACUGUAACCCCUCCUUCCCCCCAUCCUCCAACCCCCCUUCCCAAGUGACAUACACACCCAGCUGCUCAUUUUGGAAUUGAUAUAAAAUGCAAAACAAAAUUCACAAUAGUGCUACAGUGGGGUUUUAAAUCGAUAACCUCCUUUCCUUCUACUAUUCGUUCAUCUUCAUGCAGAUGGCUCCUCACCCCACAAAAAUGGGAAAAAGAGGAUAAAGGUGGUGAAAGCUUACAUAUUUGGACAGUUUUGUCCAUCAAUAGUUGACAUUUUAAUACAUGUCCUUUCAGCACUAAAAUUUAAUCAUGAAUGAUUGGACAAGAAUUAUACAAUAAAAAGGUAGCAUAAGUCAGCACUAUCACUUCCUUGAUUAGCAUUUUUCAACUGGUAUGUUGCUAAGGGUCCACAGGUGUGCCACAGGAAUUUGAGAAAUGUCAAAAUUUGAAUAACAAACUUGAACAUUGAUUUUAUAAAUAAUUCUCUUUAAAUCUGUGUGCUACAUUUAACAAAAUAAUACAAUGAUUAGAAUCUUAGUUAUUGAACUUAACAGAAAAAAAAGAGUACUGUAUCAAGAUUGUUUAAAUGAGUCCCUCAAACAAAAUUAUGGUGCCUUGACAAUUUUAGAGCCUUGUUCAGUAUGCUGUGAGUUGAAAAAUGUUGAAAAUCUCUAUCCAAGAUACAGAAACCAAAGUUUGAUCAAAUUGAGCCUUUUUAAAAAUUCCUUUCUAAAGCAAGUUAUUGUAUUGUAAUUUAUUCUGAUCUGUCCUCUUAAAUAUUUUGGCCAAAUAACUGAUUUAAAUCUCUAGUAUCUGAAAGCAUAUUUUUAGCCCUAUAUUUUGUUCUCACUUAUAUUGGAUUCAAAACAGAUAAUUUUUAAAUAAAGCAUUACUGUAUUAUAAAAUGUUUUGGAGGAUUCUUUAUAUGAAAGAAAAUCUACAUUCAGUAAUGUCUUCAAAUUAGUUUUUAGAUCUAGAAUAACCAAAUAUUGCACCAGGUACUGUAUCUGGUUUGUUUAAAAAAAAACGUAAUUUUAUCCAUAUAAACAAAUUAUGUACUGUAUGCUUGUACAGUACCUUGCUGUACUGUAUUAGUAUUAGUCAGUUUAAUAGCCAAGUCAUCUUUUCAGAUACUAAACAUUAAAUUAAGAUAUUUAAUAAAUUAAGCUCUUAUUUAGGAUAAAAAUCCACACACUUGUUUAUUUGUGAAAUUUAUCCAAGGAAUUUACACCUAGUCUUUCGCACUCUCCUGAGUGCUUUGUCAAGGUCCAAGUGUGUGAUGAGGAUGAGACUUACAUCUCAACAUCUAUUAGACGUCUUGAUUAGACAUUGAGAUGUAAGUCUCCUCCUAACCACACUCAGACCUUGACAAAGCACUUGGGAGAGUGCGAAAGACUUGGUGUAAAUUCCUUGCAUAAAUUUCAUAAAUACACAAGUGUGGGUUUUUAUCCUUUGUUAUUAUAUCUGUGGGAAGACAUUACCAUUACCUGUACCUAAGCUUUAAUUAUUGUUGAAGUGGUUUAUCACUGCAAUAUGUGAAAAAAUUAGCUCCCUGAAUAUCAAUAUUUUUUUAACGAAACAAAGCUCGGUAGUUUGUGAAAAAUAACUCAUUAGAGCUAGUACUUUCUAUGACUGGGUACAGGUAGAACUCCAAAACAAAUUUUGUUCAUUAGAUAAUUUAGGGGGGGGGGGGUUGUGAAGUUUUCUUUAAUUGCAUCUGUAAACUUUCUAGUUCAGACAUAGCUGGGAUUAUAUACAAAGGUGUUACACAUCUUGUUUUCUCAACACAAGAAUAGAAAUCUUCAUGCAACAGUCAGUAACGCGGUUCUUCUGACAAGACUAUACAGGCGCUUUUAUGCAGGUAACAAAAGAAAAAAUUGUGGCUUCUAGUGGAAAUCUGUUGACUCAAUACUGAAUUUAUCACAAUUUGGUUAUAACUGCUUUUCAUCUGCAACAACAAUUAUUGAUUUGUUGUUGCAUUAUGAUCAGUAAGUCAUUAAAAUUUUACAAAUGUAUGAUUACAUUACUUACACAUUGAUAUUGCUGCUUAAACUACUGGGCAAAUAUGAUAGUAAUUGGUUUAUAUUACUUUGCAUGUCAAAUCAUAAAAUUGUCUUUAUUCUAAAAUCAAUAAUAAUAAUACCCCCUUUUGUCUUUUGUUGUGCUUUAUUAGACAUUUAAAGGUUACAAGAUAUACAUUGGUUAAUACAAUAGGAUUUAAAGGUUAUGGAUCUCUUGGAGCUCCUCUGCUUCUAGACAGGAACCGGGGACACAGCAGGUGUUUUCCCUCUGGAUCGCCACACUGAGGCACUGAAACAGGAAACUGGCAGCCCUUGGGUCUCUGGUGAUGUCAAUGAGCAUGGAACCCAAUUCUCUGAGGAAUCCCAGGGCACUCCUACCCCAGAGGUCUUGCAUCUCAGACGCCAUGGGAACAAAGGUGUAUCGACCUUCAAGUCGGCUGUACUUGAUUGAUUUUGCUGUUUCCCUGUGGUUGGCUGCCCCACCUGCUUGAUCAGCACCGAAGUGUAUGUAGGUGUCAGCCAGGGUGGAUACACAUAUGUAGUCCCACACCAGCUGUCUGCCCCUCUUCCAGGAGUAAAUUGUGAUGUAUAUUUGUAAUAGUUAUUAUAUAUUUUAGAAUAGACAAUUUUAUGAUUUGACAUGGAAAGUAAUAUAAACCAAUUACUAUCAUUACUGUUGUAUAUUACUGAAUGCUGAUUGUAAAAACUGAAAUUUUUUAAAAUUAGUUCAGCUGUUUAAAAUAGGACUGAGGAUUUAGGAUCAGAGAUAGAACUGAAAAUCAUUCGUUCAUAAUGAUAACUUUUAAAUUUGUGAUAUUUUAACAUAUAUCAUUAACUAUUGUUGUUCUUGGUUAGGAAUAAUAAUUUUUAUUUACUGCAUAUACCGUAAUAAAACCAAGUACAGUACAGUAUGUAUAAGUAAUACACUAUGAAUUCAAAUAUACCAUCGUAAGUUCAAAAACUGAACUAAAAUAUUUAAGAUAAAUAUUACAAUUAAUACAUGAUCUGAGAUGUGAUGCACCCACUAAUCUUACUUGAUCGGGGAUCUCGGUUUUUGCCUGCAUGGGGGGAUGUUAAAUAAUGCAUGAUGGGUUCUUUUUAUAAUCAUUCCAGUUAUAAUUAAGAGGCAAAAACAAUGCAAUAUUGAUAUUAAGAUUAUAAAUUCAAUCUUAAGGAGCUCUUGCAAAGCAGUGAAUCCGAAUCUAGAAAGCUCAAUAUGCACAGAAUAAUAUUACUGUUAUAGAAAACAGCCAUUCUUAUAUAGUUUUAAAUUGAGAAAUAUUAUGAACAAGUGUAGUACAGUAUUGUUAUAAGCUUUGCUCUGUGUAUUGUAAAAUUUCUAUUGGAAACCAAAAGUGAUUAUUAUUUUUUAUUAACAAUAUCCUUCUGUUUUAAAGAUGUAAACCUGUUUAUGGUUAAAGUUGUAAUAAAUUUAAAACUUUAAGCACAGGAAAAUUGGAUAGGCAAGUUGAGGUACAGUCCAUACAUCAACUAUAAUUUACAAAGCAGACUAUGGCACAUAAAGUUGUAUAUACAGUACUAAACAUAGUAAAAACACUACCUUUAUAUGCCAUCAGUAAAGUAUGUUGGUAUUCCUUGAAAUUAAAUUACAGCAAGGUAGUCUUGCUUUAAAAUGACAAAGUAUGGUAUCAUCUGGUAGGUAUAUAAUUACCAGAGCAACACAGGUGUUCACUGUGUGAGCUUCUUUACCCUUAUAUAGUUUUAUAUUUAUGUUUAUACUGAAAAUAAAAAUAAAUCCUA